AUGAACCCUCAAAUUACCAACCUUGUCAUCAUCCUUGUGAUGAUGCAAGCCAGUAAGAAGAUUCCUUUCGAGGACGAUAACGUMCUGAUGGGAGUGCGUGGACUGUACAUCCUCAGCAACUUGAUCAUCUUCGGCGUAUACAUGUAUGUCAAGAUGCAGAUCGAUAAGAAGAGAGAUAUGACGGUCCUCAAAUACGUGGAGCCUGCGCCGAUGGGUAGCACCGAAGAGCCCAAGGCUGUUACCACCACCGUCCACGCCUACGAUCAACAGCAAUUGAAGGGUCUGUUCAAGUCUCAGCUCAUGGGUCUCGGCAUGAUGGGUGUCAUGCACAUCUACUUCAAGUACACCAACCCGCUCCUCAUUCAGUCCAUCAUCCCACUCAAGGGUGCAUUCGAGGGCAACUUGGUCAAGGUUCAUCUUUUCGGAAAGCCUGCAAGCGGCGACCUCAAGCGUCCAUGGAAGGCUGCUGCCGGUAUGAUGGGUGCUCUGCAGCAGGGUCAAGGCGAGAUCAAGACGGACAAGAAGAGCAUCGAGCUGGCCGAGAAGGCUGGUCGUGGUGGUGCCAAGGAGGAGUAG